UCUUUAUACCAGUUCUCUGCCAUGUGAACGUGUUCCACUAUCACCGGACUGUGGACCUCCACCGCUCACGCUUCAUCAUCCAUUGCCGUCGGCGGGGCUGACCGCUGCGUAUAACGAACGGCGUGUCUGCAGGUGUUUCAGAUUGCUGAGUCGCAAUCGCUCACUUCUUCUCUACACCACCUUCACAUUCUUCCCAAUUGUCACCGCCAUUGCUCGCCGUGUUCCUGCGUAAACGAGACGAGCGGCCGCCACCCCGCUCACACACGCCCUCGACCCCAAAGGGCCUAGUUGGGCACGUCGCCUCGCGCAGCCCGCACCUUCACAGCUUCUUCGAUGUUGCGACGUUGCUACCGCUCACCAACGGCCGUGGGCAUGUAGCCAGUCUGCAACGGCGACGGCCAACUUGACAUCGGGGCCCAUCGACUCCACGACUCCACCUAUCCCCGCUCGACCUCACGCGAUCGUCCGCCCGGACGUCAACGACGACACCUCCGACCGCACCACAUUCUUUAUACGCACCAUGGCCAGCAAGAGCGGGGCGGGCGAUGCGCAACCAGGCUCCAUCUUGCUCGUCGUGCACGACUUCCAGGCCCGCAGCCCCGACGAGCUCAGCCUGGCCAAGGGCGACCGCAUUGAGCUCAUUGAAAGGGACGACGACUUCGGCGAUGGAUGGUUCUUGGGAAAGCAUCUUACCAACGGAAGCAGCGGCCUCUUCCCAGAAGUCUAUACCACGCCCGCACCCAAGGGCACUUUGACCAACAGCGCCCAUGCAAGGCGUCGCUCCAACGAUGCCGCUGCUAAGCUCGCGGCCCAAACCGCUGCAUCUAAUCUUGCUACGCCUGAUCCUGGGUCAGGAGCAGCACGCCGCGAUCCCUCCACCACCCACUCUCUUCCACCCCCGACCAGCGCUGCGCAGAGUCCCGCCGCUCUCGCUGCCCUCCGAACAUCGUUGCCCGGCAAUGGCGCUGCCGCGGGGCGAACCUUCACCAUCACCUCCGACUCACCUGUGAUGAGCGAAACCCUGUCGGUGAUUGAUGAGCAUAUAACAGACUUGCGAUCGCCGAGGACUUCAUACGGUCCCGCGAACGGCCACAAGCGAGACACCUUGUCGAGUGGAUAUCCACCACAGCAGUCGAUCCGAAGGUCGUAUAUUGCAGGCGCAGAAACCGACGAGGAAGAGCAACAGUUGCACACGGAAGAAGAGGUCAUGUCGUGGGGACCGGAGCGCGUGGCCGAGUAUCUGGAGGACAACGGCGUGGAGGAGUCACACUGUGACGUGUUCCGAGACCAAGAAAUCAGCGGUGAGGUUUUGCUUGCCAUGGACCAGAACAGUCUGUUCAUAAAAGAGUUUGAGUUGGGCGCAAUUGGAAGGAGACUUCGAACAUGGCACAAGAUCAAGUCUUUACAAGACGAAGUCAAGCGCAGUGCUAUCCCGGUAGACCUGGAAAGAGAACGAAGUGCUUCUGAGUAUUCCCUCGGCGCAGAUGCUGAGGAAGGUGCUAAUGAUGCUUCGACGACUGCUCGCAGUCGCAGCUCGACAGUCGGGGGUGCUGCGCUGCCUCGUGGCCUCAGCACUAGCAAACGACUGAGUGGUGAGAAUCAGAUGGCAUUCGCGCCCGCUGGGACGAGACGUGUGAGCGCCGGCAUGUCGCCGCUGCAGACCAUGACAACCGCGCAGAGGGACAAUACGCAACGGCCAUCAGCGCAAGGCGUCCGCAAUCUCAAUCAUUCGCGUCGGCACUCGAGUAUCGACUCGACAUCGACCGACGGAGCAACCCGCAUGGGACACCGCAAAAAGCCUUCUUUGGACCAAAAGUGGGAGCCCGGACAGAAGGUCAAUGGUGCGCAUAGAUACACUGCGAGCACCGACUCUCAGCUCCCGGACCGACAGCCGAGAGGCAUGUCUCCGACGGAAGAAUUGGAUCGAGGUUACUUUUCCUCUAACGAAGUGGAUGGGCGCACUCGAAGAUCUGUUCUCACGAAGAGGAACUCGACGGGUAUUAGCAUGGCUUCUGGUGUCAGCCCCCUAGACUCCCGCCUGCCCAACUUUAUGGAAACUCGCGAGGACGUCAGCCCUAUCCGUCCUUCCUCUCACCACACCAGCGCUCUCGAUGCGAUCCACAGCAAAUUUGGCAAUUACCGCUCCGCGACAACUCCCAUGGCAAAAUCUCAACUCGGUUCGGCCAAUCCAAUUGUCACCAAAUUGGACCAUGGCAGCACUCAGUCGCUUGGCGCGAUCGCCGCGAGUCCGACCAAGAUGGCAGAUGAUGCGAGUGAAGCUUCGAGCGAUAAGGCUGCUUCAGGGGUGCCAUCUGACAAGGCAAGCCCGAGGAUCAAUAUCAGCAUGUUUAAUUCUGCAAAAGCGAAGAUGACAGGGUUCAGGUCGAUCAGUGAUGCUGUGACAAAAGAUGAGAAGAAGUCACCGACGAAGAACGAUGGCUCCUUAAAAUCGCCAACCAGAACAGGCUCGUCUACGCCAAGCACCGAGGGAAAGAGCUUUGAUCUCAGCAGCAAAUCAGCCGUUGACUCACGCGCCUCCACAGGCUCCGCCGGCAAUUUGCUGCCACCGCCUCCAGCGAAGCGACCACGCGCCAAGACCAAGACUAAGAAGGCCACAUCUGCUUACACUCGUGGGUUGGAACAGAAGACACCACAGGAAGCGAUGAUUACUUGUGACUAUUCGGGCUGGAUGAAGAAGAAAAGCGGAUCGCUCAUGACCACGUGGAAGUCGCGAUUGUUUGUUCUACGUGGCUGCCGAUUGUCCUACUACUACUCCGAUGAUGAUACGGAAGAGAAGGGAUUAAUAGAUAUUUCGUUCCACAGAGUCUUGCCUGCGCAUAACGAGACUUUGACUGGCCUGCACGCAACCAUGACCGGGGCAUCUGGAGGGCCCACGAGUCCCAUGCACGGCUCCACACCAACCCUGGCGCAGCAAGAUUUACGAAACAAUCCACCUCCAAAAGGUGAAGAAGGAGAAGGGAUGUUUAUCUUCAAGUUGGUGCCUCCCAAGGCUGGACUCUCCAAAGGCGUCAACUUCACGAAACCUGCUGUUCAUUAUUUCGCUGUAAAUUCGAGGCAAGAAGGCCGGCUAUGGAUGGCUGCGCUCAUGAAAGCCACUAUCGACCGAGACGACAAUGGUGUUGUCACCACGACCUACAAUCAGAAGACUAUAUCAUUGGCUAAAGCGAGGGCACGUCGCGAGCGACCACCUGCCCUGAAGGAAGAAGAUAAUGGCAUUGAAGUCGAAGGAAUAGCCGAGCUUCCCGGAGACGAUGAGCUCAGCGAUCGAGGCCUCGGCAUCAAUGGACUGAACGAAAAAGAUUCGACUUUGGGCGGUGCUCAGGAAGACGACAGCACACUCGAUGCAUCGUCGAUCGCGCCUAGCACCGCUGCAACCGAAAGUGUUAUGAACGAAGAACGACCGACUACUGCACAGAAUGUGUGAAUGAUGUUUACUAUUCAUGAUGACCCAGAAACGAAAGGAGGGGGGCUUUGGCUGGAAUGGGCCACAUUUUACGGGAGAUGUGUGUCCCAGUUUGUUUACUAUGUUCAGGUCUCACACACAGCGAAGGCGUCUUUUCCUGUCCAGCGAGCGCGAUAUGAUCGUUAUUGUCUCGACCAUCAGCUUUGGUCGAGAAGAAAUCUACUUUUCUUUCUGGGAUUGGAGACGAGAGUAUGAUCGAUGGAGUGACUGAUACCCAUGUCGCUUUUUUUCCUUCUCUUCGCUUUUCUAUACAUUCAAGAAAUCGAGAUCGGAAUUAUUCGUCCUCAAUUAAGGAAGUUUGCUCUGCAUUAUGUCGGCGCUCUGUCGAAUGAGCACGUCAGCUGAUGGACUGGAGAUCCCUUCACAAUGUUGUACUGACAUACAAUCUCAUCUCUUUGACGUUGACGGCUUUUCAGUUGAGGAGCUUCCUGUCGAUUGCUGUGGGUUCCAUGCAGUAGAGGCUGUUGAUGAGCUCGUCUGACAGCUUGAUGAUGCAGUCGGUAGACUUGAUGGCGCGGUUGCACCUGCGAGAUGGGCUGGCAGGCGGUGGAUGUAUGGCAUUGUAUUGGCCUACUAU